AUGCAGCCACUUAUCCGUCUGGUUGGUGGUGGCGGGUCCUUUUUGAGGGCCCGCCGCUGGGGAUCCCCUUCCUUGGGGGCCCUAGGCGCAGGCCACCGGGCAGCUGGGGUGUGUCUGCAGCAGCAGCGGUACCUGAAUCUUCACGAGUAUCAAUCAAUGCAUUUGCUGCAGCAGUUCCAGAUCCAAACUCCAUCCUUCAGCGCUGCACAUACACCGGAAGAAGUAUUUGCCGCGGCUGAGCAACUGCAGCAGCAAAACCCGGGGCGUCCGGUAAUCGUGAAGGCUCAAGUGUUGGCGGGGGGCCGAGGCUUGGGUCACUUCGCGGAGAAUGGCUUUAAGGGCGGAGUGCACAGCUGUCAGACGGCAGAGGACGCCAAAGAGGUCGCUAAGAACAUGCUGGGCCAUACGCUCGUUACAAAACAAACUGGGGCCACAGGGAAGCCCUGCAACGUGGUUCUGGUCUGUGAGCAGUUCAAGGUGAAGCGCGAAAUGUACCUGGCUAUGCUUCUUGACAGAACGUCUGGGGGUCCCAUGCUAAUUGGCAGCUCCAUUGGCGGCACAAGCAUUGAAGACAUUGCAAAGGAGCAUCCGGAGGCGAUCAUCAAGAUGCCAAUAGAUCUCGUCAAAGGCAUAGAUUAUGCGGCCCUGGCGCGCUUCGUUGAUUCGAUGGGUCUCACCUCCGAAUCUCAGCGUGAGGAACUAUAUUCUCUAGUGCGUGGUCUCCACGCCUUGUUUGCUGCGAAGGACUGUCUCCUCGUGGAAGUCAACCCCCUUGUGGAAACUGAGGAAGGCUCUUUGAGGGUUGCGGACGCAAAGCUCAACUUUGAUGACAAUGCACAGUUCCGGCAAAAGGCGCUUUUUGAGCAGCGAGACACAUCGCAAGAGAACUCAGGUGAACUUGAAGCAGAAAAGUACAAUUUGAAUUACAUCAAGCUUGACGGACAGAUAGGGUGCAUGGUGAAUGGUGCCGGUCUAGCGAUGGCUACUAUGGAUCUUAUCCAGCUAAAGGGGGGAUCGCCUGCCAACUUCUUGGAUGUGGGCGGUAGCGCGGAGGAGCAACAGAUCGUUCAGGCCCUGAAUAUUAUUCAAAACGACCCUGAUGCUAAAGCGGUGCUGGUCAACAUCUUUGGCGGCAUCAUGCGAUGCGACAUUAUCGCACAAGGUCUCAUCAAAGCCAUCAAACAUCUCGGAUUCACGAAGCCUCUGGUGAUUAGGCUUGAAGGAACUAAUAAGGCGCAAGCCGAAGAGCUGCUACGCGGCGCCCUGCAGGACCCUGAGGCGAAGGGCCUACAGGUAGAGGCGGUGAACGACUUUGAUGGCGCAGCUGAGCGGGCAGUCCAGCUCGCAAGAGAGCUCCAGCGUCUUGCUAUUGCUGGCACUGCUGCUGCUGGGAAAGAAGAUGAGGCCUCUUGA